UUAAUUAAACGGUUAUUUGACUGUACAAUAAGAUAUACUUUAUCAUUCAAUAUUCCACAAACGUUUAUUAUCAGGGGAAAAACAAUGGUCUAUUUUUAAAUGUUACUUCAUUAAACGAUACAAAGAUUGCUGAGCGUAUUUUGUGAUAGUUAUCUAUUAAUAAGCGGUAAAUAAUAAAUAGUUGUAAGUAGAUGGAUAACAACGGCAUAAAAAGCCAAAAUUUAAAGAUGGCUUCAGUUUUAAACACAAAUAAAGUGGAAGUGAAUGAUGAAGAAAAAUUGAAUCUUAAAAAUUUUUUAAACGAAAGACAGCAUCCUGAUCCUACAAGAGAUAGAAUCGUACAGGAUUCUAAAGAAAAAUACAGUCAGAGUAGACAGAAUUCUGCUGAUGCAAGUAAUCUCAGUAGGAGUCAGAAAGAACGCAAGCUUGAUGAUUUCCUUAAAAAUAAGCGGAGAAGAAGAAGAGGAAAGAAGAGAUUAACUAUUUCUGAUGUAAGGGCAGAGGCAGCAAAAAUUUUAGAAGAAUUUUUACAGGAGCAACUUGCUCAACAGGCAAUACAAACAAGUUCACCAGAAUAUCAGAGAAUAGUUGAGCUGAGUGUUUUUGAGACAACAACUCCAAGUGGGGAAAGUUCUAGUUGUCUAGCAUCAAGUAGCAACAUUUUACGGGAAGAUUCAAUACCGUAUGCUGAUGAAAGCGAUAAUGAAUUAAGAAAAGCAGAAAGUCUGCCUCAUGAAAACUUUGUUGAAUUACAGGGUUUUGGUGGUAAAGAAAUUCCAGCAGGAUUACAAAUUCAUCAUGAGAAAUCUAAAUCUGCCCCCUUUAGUCAGCCCGACAAUGAAUGGCGUCAGAGUCCUAGUAAGAGGUUACCGGGCUCUGUUCAACCAACUCCGCCUGCUCCGCCCGGUACACCUCAUACACCAUCUGAAAAUAGUUCAAAUGGAAGUGGGUCAUUGUCACAUCCAGUGCCUUACACUGGGAAACCAAAUGAUUCCAGUAUACCUUGCUCAAGUGAUUCUUUAGAUACAAAUAAUAGUCUUGAAAAACCACAUUCCAGACCAAAAAGGUCCAUCCCUGAAGUAGCACCACACACAUUGAAUCUUUCUGGUCUGUCUGAACCUCAGAGUCGAUCUACAACAGUAAAUGAUGAUGAUGAUGAUGAUGAUAAAACAAGCAGUACAUCUCCAACAAAAUAUCCAUACACAAAAUCACCACGUAGAGUAAAGAAAUCAGGAUCAGUAUCCUCUAGUGAUACAGACAGCACUGAUCAACAGAUGUAUGGAAGAAAGAAGAAAUCUAUGUUUAAAAAGGCUCAACACAGAAUGCAAAAUUUCUUUAGAAAUAAAAAACAGAAAGCACAUGAUGGUGAUGAUGAGAUGGAAUAUCAUAAUGAUGAAAGUCCGAGAGGGAGUUUAAAUGAAAAAAGGACAAGACCUAAGAAAUCCUCUAAAAAGCAUGAUAAAGGAAAUUACGAUACCACCGAUAUGGUGGAUAUGGCAGAUAACUACGUACCUCAAGGUAAUGAGACUGUCCUAGAAGAGAGACAUAUCCAUAGAAAUAAACAUAUACAUCAAACACAUAGUGGCAGUGACAGAAAAACUGUUCUACGAAGCGAAGUGUCCGAGGAGACUAUAGAUGUUGUUGACAAGAAAGAGAAAAAACAUACAGAGAAAAAAUGGAAGAUGAAAGAAAGCUCAGGACAAGAUACGGGACUAUUCGGAAAGCUUAAACGCCUUACUCUCCGUGAUAAAAGAAAACGCAGCAUAAAAGAAUCAAAAUCUGAUAAUUUUGGACAAGACGCGGCAGACAGUGGAUAUUACUCACGGACGCUAUCAGUACCCGGAGGCGCUCACCCACUUAGACCUAACCAGUUGGGAUUGGAUGAAACAGACGAUGCGGGCUUGACGAUGUAUCCAAACGGUCGAGGAUUUGCCUUUUCUAACUUUGAGAGAGAAGAGAGGCGACCUGGUGUGACGUAUACAAGAGCAAGUCAGGAUCAGGCUUCAGAUCUGGUUGUAUGUAGAGAGGAAGAUGAUGAAAAAGACAUAAAACGUCAUUCCAGCCAUCUUGAUAUAGUGGAUUACAGCGGUAACAUGAUUGAGAGGCUAUACUUUGAUGCAGACGGCAAUGAAUUGCCGAAGAACAAGUCAUUUAGUUACCUACAGGAGGAGGAUGUACGAGAGCGUGUCAUAGAUGAUCAUGGUCGUAGGAGAGUUGUACGAGACGUUAAACAUCAUGAGCACAUGGAAAUGGCAGAAUCUGAUGGAGAAGAUAAAAAAGACUUGGAAGACAUGACUGAAGCAGAAAAGGAUGAAUUAUAUGGUAAAAUAGCAAGUAGACUGGCAACUAUUGGAGACAAUUUAAUGUCUGAAAGAGAGGACCAGUCCAGAAGUGCGUCUGCUAGUCCAAGAUCUAAACUGACUGAUGAUCAGAAAUCUAGUCCUGAACAAGAAGAGUUUACAAAAACCACAUUAACACCAUUAGAGAUAGAGUUGAGAGAUGAGUUAAGAAAAGUUGCUGAUGAUAUGGAUGCAAUGUUGGAAGCAAAUGCCAAAAAAGCAGCUCUUCAUAUUUCUGGUUUAGUCACGUAUAACCAUUUCAAGAAUAUAGUGCAGGAGUCAGUAGGCAAGGAACAGGGCUGGGCUCAGGUAGCCGCAGUGUUUCAGAUAACUAAACGAGCGAUGCGACUGGCUGGUCAGAGCGGGGCUAUGGCAUUACAGAUAAAGGAAAUGAGUUUGAAAUAUAUAGAGGAUACAUUUGCCAACUGGAUUGUGGGGCAAGGUGGUUGGGAGAGUAUGCUGUCAGAUGCUGAUUCAGAUACAGAAUCUGAGCUUGACUGAAAGCCUGGUACCAACCCAAAUUGACUGAAAACCUGAUACCAACCAAACUUGACUGAAAAGUUGGUACCAACUGAGCUUGACUGAAAAGCUUGUACCAACCCAAAUUGACUGAAAACCUGGUACCAACCAAACUCAACUGAAAACCUUGUACCAACCAAACUCAACUGAAAACUUUGUACCAACCAAACUCAACUGAAAACGUUGUACCAACCAAACUCAACUGAAAACCUUGUACUAACCAAACUUGAUUGAAAACCUUGUACCAACCAGGUUUGAUUUCUAACCUGAUACCAGUCAGUUUUGCCAAAAGAAAGAAACAACUGUUGAAAAUGGUAGUUCUCUUAAGUUGAUUUCAACUGACUUCUUCCAAUUGUUGAUUCAGUCUGGCUUCCUUCAGCGGUUUAUUCCAUCAACUCUUCAGCUGUUUAUUCCAUCUACUCUUCAGCGGUUUAUUCCAUCUACUCUUCAGCGGUUUAUUCCAUCUACUCUUCAGCGGUUUAUUCCAUCUACUCUUCAGCGGUUUAUUCCAUCUACUCUUCAGCGGUUUAUCUACUCUUCAGCGGUUUAUUCCAUCUACUCUUCAGUGGUUGAGUCCAUCUGAUCCUAGAGUCAUUUGCAUUAAAUGCAAGUUAACAUUGUGCCUCAUAUUUGUUGUGAUGUACAUUUAUUGUUGUCAGAUCUCAGAGUAAUUAAAAAAAAUUUAGAUGACAUUUUGUGUCUCACUAGAGAUACUGUUUGUUCAUUGUAAGAACUGACAUCUAAAGAUUUAAGGGAUGUAAUGAUAUGUAGAAUUAUAUAAUAUUUGCUAGUAAUAUAUUCAAAUUAUUAGCUUGUCUGUUUAGAAGAAAAGAGGAGCUAUUGUGAUUGCUGCAUCUUCAUUGUUGUCAUGCAAAAACUUUUAUGUAGCCCAUUUCUCAAACAAAUUUGAAAGUAUGAAACUAUGAUUACUUGCUGACUGUGACAAGAGGCGGCUGUAAGACAAGGGGUUUAAUUUUAAAAGCUGUAUUUUUGGCCCCUUUUUAACUUUUUUGGAACGUUUGUCUAAAGUGGUAAGACGAGUGUUAACACAGCAUGCAGUGCUCUUGUUUCUAUUGAUUCUAGUUUUCAUUAUAUAUAUACAUGUAUAUAUUUAAGACUUGGGUAUUUUUGUGUGUACCCAGUGAUGAAUAAUGAAAAUUCCAAAUUCCAAAAUAUGUUAAUUAUUGUAUUAUUUGAAUAAGACACUGUAAACUUUAAGCCAGCUGUCAGCAGGAAAUGUUACAAAGGUUACCCAUGUAAUUAGUGCAAACAAAGAUCAGACAGUGUAUUUCUAGUUUUUUUCUACAGCCUGAUCAUGGUCUGCCAUAUUUGCUACUCAGUCUGUUCUUAUUUUGAAAUUUUCCCUGAAAAUGGUGAAUGGUUUUGUCAAGAUUGAAAUAUGGACUAGUCCAUUUAAGAUAUUAAGUUUUAUAAGGGUUUAAUGAAAGUCAUUCCAGAAAUAGUGUACUAAAUGUAACAAUGUAGUGCCAUUUAUAUUACAAAUUGAUCUUGAAAAUGCAUCUUUUUCCAUGUUUAAACACUGAACAAUUUCUUUAUAUUAUGACCCAAAUACAGAAAUAAUUACUUUGCAUAAUUAUAUCAUUUUUUUAUAAUUUUAAUUGUAAAUGCUGUAUUAAAAUAUAUUUUAAAAGUAGAUUAAUUUACAAUGUAUGUCCUUAUAUCAACCUGAUUUUAAUACUUACAUUUAUGGUUACAUUAAGUAUAUACUAAGUAUAAAAUAAGUCAUAUUUAUAACUCAAAUAUUAUUUUAGGCAGCACAGUCCUUUUAGCUUAAAUUGUUUUUUCCCAGUAUGAUAUUGUACUUUAAUAGUUAUACAUAUGGUAAAACCCAUUAAUAUUUCUUCCACAUUGUUGCUUCUUCCCAAUUUAUGCAUAAUGAUGUUCAGUAAGAGCAAAAAUAGAAGUAAAUCCAUUUCAACAUUUUUAUGUUCAUUUUAGCUGAACAAUCCAAGAUAUGAAAGCUAAAUAUAACUGGAGUCAUGUUUCCGGAAGAGAUUAUUUUCACAUGUGUCUUAUUUAUGGAAUUUUUUUAAACCUUAUACUAGACACCAAAUUUCAUUUCU